CCCCUCCGCGCUAUUUGGGCGGAUCACCGAGUCAUGGUUGGUUGAGGAUGGAAUGAGCUGCGGUUUCAUCGACCAAUCAGCUUCUAACACCGUCCGAGCGCCCGCCUGAGGAAAUCUCCGGCGCGGAGCUAAUGGAACAGCCCGUUGCUUAGCAUCCGUUAGGCCGUCAGUCGCCGUUGUUGGCCUCGCCAUGUUUCAGGGUCCCGAGACCGACUUGGCGAAACCCAGCUCAAGGGUACUGAAACCUCCUGGAGGAAGCUCCAGCAAUCUCUUUGGGAGCCCAGAAGAAGCCGCCUCCUCUUUCAGGCCGCACAGAAUGGCAUCAAACAUAUUUGGAGGAGCUGAAGAAACUCAGCACUUUCCAAAGAGAACAAACCCUCCAGGUGGGAAGGACAGUGGAAUAUUUGAGGACCAUAAACCUAACCCUUCUCGUCAACUUACAAAUCCACCUGGUGGAAAAGCAAGCAAUAUUUUUGGGUCUCCACAGCCUGUCGGCAUUGUCAAAGCUCAUCCAAACAAACCCAAGGAUCAUGUUGUUAUUUUGACUGAUAGAGGGGAUGCACCUCAAGAACUAAAACCAAAAGGUACAGACAACCAAAGAGCAAAGGUGGAAGACACAAAUGAAAAGAGAGAACCGCAGAAGGAGAGCAUCAAAGAGCCUGGACCCAAAAUGGAUGAUCACGAACCCAGGCUUGGGCCGCGGCCACGCUCGCACAACAAAGUCCUCAACCCUCCUGGGGGCAAAUCCAGUAUUGCCUUCUAUUAAGGAAAGCUGCUCUUUUCUCUUCCUUCUCUCCCUGCCCCCAAUGGAGUCAGCUCAGAAACAUCUUCCACGCAUUCAAGGUCAGAACCAAAAGUCUAGCCUUCUAGUGUUUGAAGGAGGCACUUAGUGGUUUGGCUUAAUCAGUAUGUAGCAUAAGUUAGCUUGAGCUUCUCUGGUUUUUAAAGUUGCAAAGCAGACUCUUGAGAGAACCCUGAGUCUAUGCACUUCUGUUGCUUUCUGAAUAUGGUUAAGGAAGACCUCCUAUUGAAGGCAGAACAUUGCUUUCUUGUUGCUCAGAUUAGGUAGCAUAGCCUUGAGGGAAUUUAAUUUGUGCUAGCUAAGGAGGGAGGCUAACCAAAACUCUUGACUAUCUGUCUGAACUGUGAACUAGAGCUGUCCCUUUUUCAUCUUGUAAAAAGCUUAGGUGAGGUAGAACCUUACUAAGGAAGCAGAUCCUCUUCUGGAGAUGAACUGUAGUCAAAAUGAACCAUGCAAGAAGUAAUUUUUGGAACACCCUUCAAAGGCUGUUUGGCUAAUUAAGGAGGAUGCAAGUUGAAUGACAAGAGAAGACAUUUGCAAUUAUGGACAGCACAGAAUGGUCUGCUGAAAACUCCACCAAACCACUCUUGUCUAUGAUCAGACCUUGAAUCCUGUCUGAUGAGAUGGUUAAGAAGGUAGUGUUCCACCACGUCACUAGCCACCAACCAGAAGCUGUUUGUGCUCACAGGUUCUGACCUCCACAGGCCUCUUGACUACCUCUGCCCUACAAAAGCGUCUGCUCUUGUCUAAUUCUCUGCUGACUCUGUUUGCCUUCCCUCCUUAUUGGCCACUUCUUCCUAUAUUUUGGAUAGAUUUUCCAAACCCUCUCCCCCAGAGACAGCACCUUUACUUUUAACUAUGCUGAGUGAGGCUGCAGCUGCUGUGCUGCCCACCCCAUCCUUCUAGUUCUCUUGUGCUCUCCCUCCCCCCCCCCAUUUUGGAAUUAAGAUUCCUGGCCUAUAGUAGGCAGAGGAGAACCUGAAGAAAUUGUGCUGAAGCUGCGGCCCUGGUCACUGGACUUGAAGGUACCAGUAGUAUCUUGGUAACCCUAUCUGAAGGCAUGGACUACCCCACCUGAUGCAAUGUUUGCAUUGUAGUUGCCUUGACACUUUUGUUUCUCUCUCUCGACUGGGAAUGGUUCCAGAAGUUUUGCAGUAGAAUAUUCUCCUGGUGCACAGACUUUUAUUUUUUGCAAUAACUUGUUAUUGUUUCCUGAAAUCACAGUAUAUGGGUCUAGGGGUGGGUGGGUUUUAAAUUUCAUGUAUUUCAUAGGAUGGAUGCCUGAUUAGCUGUAUUUUAGGGCUUAAUUAUUUGUCAACAUCAAGUGCUUAGACUGCAGUGGCUUGCCUUUUUAACUCCAUUGUAUGUAGGAGUUCCUCAGGCAUGCCAAAGAACUUAGUGGCCUUUCUUGCCCAGUGGCUCCACGUGCCAGCACCCCCCCACACACACUUUACUGCAGAAUGGUUCUGAGGAACAAGCUCUAUGCUAGAUGUUGAAAGUAACUUGGAGUUCUGUCCAAGCUGGUUGAUGAUUGUUUCUUUUGAUUAAAAAGUAACUUCUGCUGCGGGAGAAUAAUUCUUCAUUGCCAAUCACUUUGCUUGUAACAAGUGCCCCCCCCCCAAAUGCAGUGGAACAGUGAUUAAGAAAGUUUGGGUGUAGUGUGCACACUGAGCCUUGUGAUGUAUUUAUUCUUAAAAGGAGCAAUAUAGGAACAUUUGGCCAAAACUUGCUUCUCUGAUGCCAUUUGCAUUGUUUUGGACUUCCUCUUGGACAACCUGGCAAUGAAGUAUUAAAAGGUGCAUUUAUACCAGUGCCUCUUUUUGAUAGCAGUUUACCAGCUAAGCCUUAAAAUGCUUUGUGUGCCAUUUUUUUUCCUCAAGGGGUGGCUGGGGAGUACACUAUGUAUCCAGAAAGGGUACUUUUCUUUUUUAAAAUAAAAAGGGAGUCAAUGAAUACUCGAAAUGUGUUUUAAUCAUGUACUGCUCAAUAAACAGCUGCAGUUUUUCAGUUCA